GGAAGUCACACGUCGCUGCGGUCCAAGCGUCGUGGUCUUGGCAUUGCCAUGACAUCGAUUGACCGCAAACCUACCCUGAUGUCCUUUUCUUCAAUACCAUUAUGCCGGAUUGUUCAAUAUGUUAACGCACGCGAAAGUUGACCACCUCCAUACAUCGGGAUGUGGCAUUGCCACAAAAGAAAUCAUCUCAAUGAUCAGAUGGAAACCUCUAUGCCUCGAAAAUCCUCGUCGAAGACAAGAUGAAGAAAUUGUCGUCCCAAAAUCAAGUACAGGACCUUAAAACGCUUACGCCAUCAACAAAGCCUCCACGUAUGCCCAUGGACACCUGGCUAUUGGAGUCGCUAGGUGCCACCAAGUCGCAGACACUGAACAUCCUUAUUCCAGAUGGCAUUUUGUCUUGUGAAACAGGUGUCCGCACCUUGUUUCUCUCGGUUGAAUGUACGAGCGUCGGCGAAACCUUGUCUCUUCGCCUCUGCUUCCGACAUGUAUCGCUCCACGUGAGGAUACUGCCACAGACAGUCCUUGCAGUCGCAGCUGUAGGGGUGACCGAUCCACCAUCCAGGACCAUUUGUUCGCACUCGAAAGUACUUGGUGCGGCUAUCAAGCAUCACUUCAUCGACCCCGCUGCUGACACUGAUGAGUUUUCCUUCGCUGUCCAUCGGUGCGUGUUAGUCGUACGUUUGUACUUAUCAAUAGAGGUAAGAAUCUUACCAUUUGUCGUCAUCAUAUUCGAUAAUAUGAUAACCAAAGGGGUUUUCAGCAGCUCCUACAAGAGCGAUAGCCAGAGCUGCGACAACUGUACUGAGGCGCAUGUUGUUGAUCUUUGGUCCGUAUGUAAGGGGUAUUAGGUGAGUGUUCCCCUCCGUAUGUGUGUGUGAUUCCAGUCGAUCAAGUACUUCGUGUACUUGUCUUCCAAAGUGAUGUUAAGUCAGAAGUCAGAAGUCAGAAAUUGGAGAAUCAGCGUAAGAAGAGUGAUGAGAGGCGCAGCAAAGAAUCAGUA